AUGGAUUUAGGCUAUGUGGGGCCGAAAUUCACAUGGAGCAAGCACUUUAAAAGUGGUCAUUCAAUCUGGGAGAGGUUGAAUAGGGGUUUAGCUACAAGUAGUUGGUUCUUAAAAUUCCCUGGUUCUCGAGUUUUCCAUUUACAAGCGAAUUCUUCAGACCAUAAACCACUACUAAUUGUCUUUGCUCCUCUAGAUUUACCUCAUCGAAAGAGAUACUUCAGGUUCGAAGAGAUGUGGUUGUCUAACCCAAGUUAUGAAGAAACAGUUCAGGCAGCAUGGUAUCACAAAAGUAGUUUGGAUCCAAGCAAUGAAAUCCUAAAAAAAAAUGAGAAGUGUGGGGCUGAUCUAAGUUGGUGGAAUCGUAAUGUCUUUGGCAGCGUGAGACAAGAACUGAUCCGAAAAAAGGAAUUGCUGCAUAAGGCCGAAAAUGAGGCAAUGAAUCUUGGAGAAAAUUCAAGGGUUCAAGAAUUGAAAGUUGAAAUUAAUGUUCUUUUGGAUAGGGAAGCGAGGAUGUGGGCACAGUGA